CACACUUGUCGCUGUCAGCCGACAUGUCCACCGAGCCGAUCGAUGGCGUUGUCUUUGAGGAGGACGACGACGGCUAUGUUGUUCGCUUCGACUCGGACGAUGGCUCCGAGGCUGAGCCCGAGCCCGAGCCUACUCCCGAGCCCGAGCCCGAGCCCGAGCCCGAGCCUACCCUCGAGCCCGAGGCUGGGCUUGAAGGCCAGGGUGACGAGCCCUUUGAGUUUGACGAGGAGCUCGACGAGAUGGUCGAGAUCGAUCCAAACGCUGACAACCUCGACGAGGUCUUUGCCCGACUGUCUGCGGGCGAGCCUGUGGCCCGCAUCUUCUCCAACGCUACCGCCACCUUUUCCGGGCACACCGAUGCGGUGUAUGCGUUGGCACUGAGCCCGGAUGCCGCGGUGGCGGCGUCUGGCGGCGGCGACGACAAGCUCCGGGUGUGGAGCACUGCCGAUGGCUCGGAGCUUGUGGUCAUCGACUCGUUUGCAGAGAGUGUGGCGCAUGUGGCUUUCUCGGCCGAUGGUGGGUACCUGGCCGGCUGCGAUCUCGACGGCAACGUCCGUGUGCUUAAGACCGGCAGCUGGGAGGUUGUGCUCGAGCUCGACGGGCCCGACGGCGCCGAGAGCAUGGUCUGGCACCCGCGCGGCAACGUGCUUGUGGUCUCGUCGACCGACACGACGGUGUGGAUGUGGCAUGUGCCGUCGGGCAAGAUCAUGAAUGUCUUUGCCGGACACACCGACGCCGUGACCGUCUGCGGCUUUGCUGCCGACGGCAAGACGCUUAUCUCCGGCUCGGCUGACGAGUCGCUCAUUGUGUGGUCGCCCAAGACCGGCUCGCCGGUCUCCAAGGUUGUGGGCUACCCGUUCCACGACGCGCCGAUCUCGUCGCUCGCCGUCGAUCCGCGCGCGGACGCCGCGCCGCGUGUCGCCACCGGCGCUCUCGACGGCUCAGUCCGUGUCACCUCGCUCGAAUCCGGCAAGGUCCUCGCCUCAAUGACCCACGAGGGCUCGGUCGAGGCCAUUGCCUGGUGCUCGUUUGACGACAAGUGGCUGGCGACCGCCGGCAUGGACGGCAACGUGGUGGUGUGGGACCUCUCUGUCGCCGCCCCGCGCAUCACCCUCGAGCACAAGGAGGGCGUCAUCGGCGUUACCUGGGUCCCGAACCAGCCGCUGCUCUACACCCUCUCGUCAGACACUUCGAUCCGUGUUUGGGAUGCACGCUCCGGCGAGUGCAUCCGCACUCUCCGUGCCCACGAGGACAUCCCGCUCGCCUGGGCCGUCUCCGCCGACGCCACCUGCCUCAUCUCGGGCGGCGACGACCGCAAGGCCUAUGUCUUUGCUCCGCUCGACCUCGACGCCGCCAAGGACAACUCCGACGAUGCUGCUGCCUCCUCCACCGUCCACGCCCACGUUGCUAUCCCGCCUGGUGCCGGUGAAGAUGCCGAUGCUACCGCCGACGCUCCGGCUGGCGAGGCUUCUGAUUAAGAGCAAGUGCGAACGACGGUGUCCUUGACUGGCUUCGAGGGUUUCGCUCUUUUGAUUUCGCCGAACUGGGCCCUGCUCUCGGGUAGGGCCCAUUAUUAUUCCUGCGACCCUCACUUUCCGGUUUUCUUUUUGCUUCCCGCCUCACCCUGCACCGGCUGCACGUGUGUGCGGUGUUGAGCAUGUGGUUGCUGGCGCUGUGACCUUCCCAGUGCUGCGUGAGCAGCCUUCGAUGUCGCUGCAUCGACUCUGUCUCUGGCAUCUGCCUUCCAUUUUCGGUAAAAAUUGAGGUUUGAAUCCGCACAGGCC